AUGGCCUUCACCCUCCCGGCAACUUUGCCACAACGACUCAUUAAGCUAGAUGCACAAUCUAUUAUUUUUUUUGUUCCAACUACUCUUUUCUUCUAUUUCAUUGGGCUUGCGAUUUACCGUCUAUGGUUUCAUCCUCUCUCGAAAAUCCCUGGGCCGCGACUCAUGGCAAUGAUCGACAUAAUCAACCAAUGGCGCACUAAUGUCGAUGGAACUUUUAUCCACGAGGUAUCUCAGCUGCAUAAGCAAUUUGGGCCACUAGUCCGCAUCGGACCUGACCGCAUUGCCGUCGACGGCAGUAUUGGCUUUCCUGAGGUGUAUAGCCUCAAAGCUAAAGGUCAGUCUGGGACUUUCGACAAGGUCCAUGAUUACAUUUUCAGCGGUGACCAUAAGACGAUAGUCGGGGCUCCUAACGAAUUGCACCGCCGGUUGAGGCGAACUCUAGCUCCCGCAUUUAGUGAAACGGCGAUCCGUGAACAAGAAGUCAUUAUCUCAAAGCUGGUAGACAAACUAGUAGAGCAGCUAACACGCAAAGCUGAGCUUGGAGAGACUGUAGAUUUUUUGCAGUGGAUGAACUUCACAUUCUUUGAUAUCAUUGGCGAGCUUACCUUCGCGAGAACGUUCAACUCACUUGAGACCGGUGAAGAGCAUAUCUUCAUUACCAAUUUCUUUCAUAGUGUCAUAGGAAACUCUUACAACCGCUUUCUAAUGGCGUAUCCCUACCUCUCCAUUCCUUUCAAUAUGAUACUUGGUCGCAAGCGAGUUACAUCAGCGAUGAAUGGAAACUUGGAAAAUAUAGUAAUGGCCCAAGAAUUAUCAAAAGAGCGUAUGAAAAUGGGCGAAGAGCCAAAGCCAGGUCAACGCGAUUUCAUGACUCACAUGCUAAAGAAAAAUCGAGAUGGCGAGCAAGCAAUGCCGGAUGAAGAUAUCAUGCUGAACACAAUGAUUUUGAUCGUCGCAGGAAGUGAGACGACUUCAUCUGCCAUGACUUAUUUCUUCUACAUAUCCAGUAUGAAUGCAGCUCAAAAACAAAUUUUGCAAAAUGAGAUCCGCAGCACCUUCACUGACGAGUCGGAAAUCAACAUGAUAAACUGUGGCCAGAUCAGUUACCUACAGGCGUGUAUAGAAGAGACUCUGCGAAUGUUUCCUCCAGCGGCUGAGACGCCACCGCGUGUGUCGCCUGGCGCCAACAUUGGCGGCGAGUUCAUCCCAUCGGGGACUAUCAUCCACGUAUACCCUUGGGCAACAUUUCGUAAUCCAAACAACUUCACAGACCCGGACUCAUUCCGACCCGAACGUUGGCUUCUCCCUACACACCCACACUACGACGCACGCUAUGCAAAAGACAACCUUGCCUGCGUCAAGCCCUUUAGUCAUGGACCUCGCGACUGUAUAGGGAAGAAUCUGGCCUAUAAUGAAAUGCGCCUACUCAUAUCUCGCCUCCUCUUCCGUUUCGAUUACGAAUUACUCCCAGGGCAAGAGACAUGGCAUGAUAACCAGAGGGCUUUCCUACUCUGGGACAAACAACCGCUAAAGGUGCGAUUUACUGUUCGAAAGAAUUGA